AUGAAUUUUGGGUCCAGAGAUUAUUGCAAGGACAGUGCAAUGGCACCCAUAAAAGGAGUUCUUAGAUUUGGCAAGAAGGGAAAGUUGAGACCUCGAUUCAUAGGUCCUUUUGAAAUUCUAGAUAGAAUUGGGAAUGUGGCGUACCGUCUAGCAUUGCCACCUAGACUAUCAGUAGUACAUAAUGUAUUCCACGUGUCGAUGCUUAGAAAGUAUGUGCAUGAUUCUGAACAUGUGAUAAGUUAUGACUCAUUGGAGGUACAAAAACAUCUAACAUAUGAAGAGACUCCUUUGGAGAUUGUCGAAAGGAAAACACAUGCAUUAAGGAAUAAAGAAAUUGCUUUAGUUAAAGUUCGAUGGAAAAUACCUUUUGAUGGCGGAAUAUGA